GAUUAUAUGCCAGAAAACACCUCUACUGUGGUGCAACCUUUUUGCUAUUUUGUGUAGGACAUGUGUCAAAGUGGACAUGUGUGUCUACGACUGAAAAAUGUAAACAAAAAUAUAACUAUUUUCCAACUUUUCAUUAAAUCAAUCCUCUUUCAAACUUCAGCUACUCUGCCUUUUGUUUUGAAGGUAAUAUAUUAUGUCUGAUAUUGUUACCCAAGGAGAAAACUGCUAUAGACCAGCAGUGGAAAACCUUUCAGCAGGUUUAGUCAGUCUCUAUCAGUCACCAUUGCAGAAUAUUAAUAAACAAUUGAAAGAACUAAGCUCCAAACAAAAUAUUCUAAUUUCUCAUAUUCAUGAUGAGAACUUGAGCCUUGCAGAAGCGCAAUAUUCUUCAGGGCUGCAGGAUAUGUUCAAGAAAAUGACGGAAUAUCAGGGCAAAUUGGUGAAUAUAAAAAAGGAUAUGAGGCAGCUUCGUGACAAAAGUAUCAAGUUGAAGAAGAGAGCGGAAAAACUGCAGCAAAUCAAGGAAAAAGAAAAUCAGAUGAAAGAGCAAGCACAGUUGGAUAUCCAAAGAGAAGAGGAAUUAAUCGGGCCAGGACCAAGCACCAGCUGAAACCAUGAGAUCAGUUGCUUUAACCAGUUCGAAAAAAUUAAGAGUGACUUUUUUGCCUCUUCAAUUUGUAAAGAGAGGUUCAUAUGUUAAAGAAUGAAUUUAAAUUUGUGAUAUAGGAAUUCCGAAACGAUGUAUUCUAUUGAUGUGCAGGAAUCCUACAUUUUGUUACAUAAAAUCAAUUCGAAUAUUUUAUACAAUAUAUUCUAUAUAUCAUAUAUACUGA